CCCGCGGAUGUCAACACCAAUUACCUCUUGGCGUCUGUAACUAAGGCAUUCAUUGCAGCAGCUUGUGGCAUCCUUGCCACGAAGGAAAACUCAGCUGGAACGGUGCGUUCCCGUGGUAUAUACCAUUCCGAAACGACAUUGACCCGGCCAUUGGACAGAAGGCGACAAUCCAGGAUGCCCUAUCACACGGCACUGGACUGGCACACCUGGCUCGGAGUUGAGGGCCACACCAUCAUCGCAAGAGAAGAUCUACUGGACGUGGUUAGCCAGCUUCCUCCUGUCUCUGACUUGCGAGGCGGAUUCCACUACAACAACUACGCAUAUGCUGUUGUCGGGAAGGUCAUUGACCAACAAACCGGUUUUCCUUGGUAUGAGUUCUUACGAGCCAGGGUUUUCGAGCCACUUGGGAUGAAACGGACGACAACGAAUCGCAAGAAGCUACCUGAUGAGAACCUUGCGGAGCCGCACGUUGUUCUCGAUGACCGUUCCAUAAUUAAGCCGGUUGACGUCUCAGAUGAUACUGUUAUGGGAGCUGCAGGUGGCGUGAGGUCGUCUGUUACGGAUAUGAUGAAGUGGGCAAAGGCUCUCUUGGAUGGAAUACACAACGAUACCAAUUAUUCGGAAGAAAAACUGUCCUCGCCACUAAAACAGGUGUCUACCAUCGUGGCGCACAGGAAUCUCAUCACCACAUCGUCAGUAAAUGAGAACACAUACGCACUUGGUUUUGCAAGGGCAAUGACUCCGUCCACUGAGUUGUGGAUGAUAUCAUUGAACAGCCCUCUGCGGGAAAAUGUCAUGGGAAGAGCUUCACCAUCUCGGCUUGUGCUCUAUCACAAUGGGGGCCAGUCUGGGUACCUUUCGGCGUUCUACCUGUCUCCUGAAACGCGGUCGGCUAUUGUCGCUCUUGGAAACUCUUAUGGACUCGGUGAUGGUCCGGACUGGACAUGCCAGGCCAUUAUGCAAGCAAUGUUCGAUCUGGAGCCAAAAGUCGAUUUCGCUGAGGCUUCGAGACGCCGCGCCCAGUUCGAGUUCGAGCGAUACGAGCGCCUCGCAAGCGACUAUGCUCGCCAUCGGGAGGAGGCAAGCCACCGUAAGUAUCCGCGUCUCGAUGACUUUGUGGGGCGGUUCGAAAACAAGAGCCUCAAAAUGAGUCUUGACAUUCGGCUGCCUGAUGCAGAGAACAAAGGGCCGAAGGAGGAAUACCUCAUACUCAUCUUUAACGAUCGCAACUCGCAGCAUCAUCGACUUCAGCACUACUCUAACGACACCCUUGGGUUUCUGCCUAUAUCUCGGGAGGAAUUGAUUGUGCGAGAAAUGAUUGAUUGGUUCGAUUGGGACCAGUUUGUUCUAACUUUUCGACGCGAUGAGUCGGGAAAGGUGAAAAGUGUAGAUUGGGCUCUGCAAGUUGGGCUUCCGCCUGUAAACUUCCAGCUAUUGGAGUAG